GUCAAUAAUAGGUUUCAUGGACAGAACCGAGUCUAAUGAUCAAUUGUUGUCCCGACCUAAUGGAACAUUUUUAUUACGGUUCAGCGAUGGGACGGUAGGAGGAAUUACGAUAGCGUGGGUAGCUGAUCAGCAAGAUAAACCCGGUGAAAGAAUGGUAUGGAAUUUGGCACCAUUUACAAUCAAAGACUUUACAAUCCGUGGUCUGGCAGAUCGUAUAAAGGAUUUGACUUCCCUAGUUACCCUGUAUCCAGAUAUUCCCAAAGACAAUGCCUUCCAGAAAUAUUACUCACCACCAACUGCAGACUCGGCACCCAAUUUGGUGCCAGGGGGUUAUGUGAAAACAACCUUGAUCAACGUAAUUGAUGGUCAUCUGCCCACGGGAACAGGGAUGAAUGAUUACCCACAAAGUCCCCAAUAUUCUGGACCAGGAUCACCGCCGGUGUACCCUGCUCAAGCUAUGACUCCACAAGGAGGUGCAACGUAAGUGUGCGACGUGCAUUGAGGAUGCAGCAUUGUGUAGUCUACAUGUAAGGGGUUAGAUUUGCAUGUUUAUGUCCUAGCAGUUUGCUUAUAUAGGCUUCAGUUUAUGUCAUAGUUUGCUUAUCAAGGAUCAGGCUUUCAGUGGUGUUUGAUGUAUCUUCUGAUAAGGGUAACUUAUUAUUUGGUUAACUUAGAAUGCGAACUUGUUUAAUGGAGAAUUUAGUUUUUUGGUGAGAGAAAAUUAGAGUAUCUUUGUCAUGGUAAAGGUUAAUUGCUGGCCUUUUUGCUUGAGUAUUCAAAGAAAAUGGAGAGCUGUUGUGGGUGUCACACUUUGCUUAUGUUUUCGGUUGCAAAUUGGUAUCUCCAAAACUACUGAAAGGAAUAGGUUUAAACUCCACUUAUAUCGGAACAUAAUAGGUGGUUAUUGUCCAAGGCCCUUUGCUCAUAUAUAUAUAUUAAUUUGAUAGAAUUUUGGCCCAUUUUGAACUAACAAAAUUCUAAAUUACCCAGGAUCUUGUUUUAGUAUCAAGCAUGGAGAAUAGUCAAGUACGCUGUUAUAUGGACAGUUCUUGUUUGGUUGAAGUUAUAUAGGUAAAAGGAUUUAAAUUUGUACAUAAAAACAUUAUUUGACUUCAAAGUUUUCUAACUGCAAGAUGAUUAUCGUAUAUUAAAAACUAAUUUAUGCCUUCUCCAUUCAUUACAAGUUACAUUGACACAUAUUUGUUAUUAGUUAUGGCUUUUUUGUCUGCAUGUAAAUAUAAAGCAUAAAUUUGGUUUUGUUCAGGUGAUGGUGUUUUAUAUAUUAUGUAUAAGUUCUUCAUCUUAGAAAAUAAUUUUCACUGUAAUUUUCCAAUUUGGGAUAAAAAAAAUUCCCAUAUUUGUCAAGUUUCACUUCUCUUGCAUGGUUUUAAGAGAGUGCUUUAAAUAUUAUAAAAUCAUCUUCUAAAAAAAAUAGUUUCCAAAGCAAGUGAUUUACUAUCUAGCUUGAAUGAGGUCAUUGUCAGUGCCUGGUGCAUCAUGCGAGGGGGGGGGGGGGGUAUUUUGAGGCCCUCUUGUUAUAGCAAAAGUUGGUAAGUUUGAAGUGACAUUGGUAUUGUCAGUACCAAUAACAUCAACUUAAAUUGAACUUAUGCAAGUUUUUUCAGGUUGUUUUCUUUUUUUAGCUCACCUGUCACACAGUGACAGGGUGAGCUUUUGUGAUCGCUUUUCGUCCGGCGUCCGUCCGUCCGUCGUCCGUCCGUAAACUUUUACUUUAAAUGACAUCUCCUCAUAAACCACUAAGCCAAUUUCAUCCAAACUUCACAGGAAUGUUCCUUUGGUGGUCACCUUUAAAAAUUGUUCAAAGAAUUUAAUUCCAUGCAGAACUCUGGUUGCCAUGGCAACCGAAAGAAAAAACUUUAAAUAUCUUCUUUUAAAAAACCAUAAGAGCUAGAGCUUAGAUAUUUGGCAUGAAACAUCUUCUAGUGAGUGUCUACCAAGUUUGUUCAAAUAAA